CUAAAGACAGACACACUCAUUACGUCUAUAAUCGCAACGCUUGAUUAUUGUCUUGGUUUCCCAGCCUCGAUUCCUUACUGAUGAGGGACUUUCGGCCCGACUGACACAGGGAGAUGGGGGUACACAACAUUUCAGACCAGCCGCCUCUGGUCCAGGCCAUAUUUAAUAGAAAUGCAGAAGAAGUGAAGUUAUUUUUGCACAAGAAAGAUGAAGUCAAUGCACUGGACCAAGAGCGCCGCACACCUCUUCAUGCUGCUGCCUGGCUGGGGGACGUUCAUAUAAUGGAGCUUCUCAUCACCGCAGGUGCGAAUGUCAAUGCAAAGGACCAUGUGUGGCUUACUCCAUUGCACAGAGCAGCUGCUUCCAGAAAUGAGAGAGCUGUUGCGCUGCUGCUAAGGAAGGGAGCUGAUGUUACCGUGCGGGAUAAAUUCUGGCAGACAUCACUGCACAUUGCAGCGGCCAACCGAGCCAUGCGUUGCGUCGAGACCCUGCUGCCCCAUGUGAGCAGCCUGAAUAUGGCCGACCGCACAGGCAGAGCGCCCCUGCAUCACGCUGCUCAGAGUGGAUACCAGGAGAUGGUUAAAUUGCUGCUGAACAAGGGAGCCAAUCUGAGUGCCAGUGACAAGAAGGACAGGCAGCCCAUUCAUUGGGCAGCUUACCUUGGACAUCUGGAGGUGGUUAAGCUGCUGGUGUCUCAGGGCUCAGAUAAGAGCUGUAAGGAUAAGCGGGGAUACACCCCUCUCCACGCUGCUGCUGCCAGUGGCCACGUCGAUGUGGUCAAGUACCUGUUACGCAAUGGAGCCGAGAUUGAUGAGCCUAAUGCCUUUGGAAACACUGCUCUCCAUGUGGCCUGCUACACGGGACAGGAGGCCGUAGCCAACGAGCUGGUCAACCGUGGGGCCAACGUCAACCAGCCCAACCACCGCGGCUACACACCCCUGCACCUGGCUGCCGUGUCCACUAACGGGGCUCUCUGCCUGGAGCUGCUGGUCAACAAUGGUGCUGAUGUCAACAUGCAGAGUAAAGAAGGGAAAAGCCCUUUGCACAUGGCAGCCAUUCAUGGACGUUUCACUCGCUCUCAGAUCCUCAUACAAAAUGGUGGGGAGAUAGAUUGUGUGGACAGAUAUGGCAAUACACCACUUCAUGUUGCUGCCAAGUAUGGCCACGAGCUGCUUAUCAGCACCUUAAUGACAAAUGGUGCUGACACAGCCAGACAAGGGAUUCAUGGGAUGUUUCCUCUACACUUAGCUGUGCUCUACGGGUCCUCUGACUGUUGUCGUAAACUACUUUCCUCAGGUCAGCUCUACAGCAUUGUGUUGUCAAUGAGUAAAGAACACGUGCUCUCGGCCGGUUUUGACAUCAACACCCCAGACAACUUUGGGAGGACCUGUCUACACGCUGCUGCCUCUGGAGGGAAUGUUGACUGUCUCAACCUGCUCUUAAGCAGUGGAGCUGACAUGAAUAAGAAGGACAAGUUUGGAAGGACUCCUUUGCACUAUGCGGCUGCUAAUGGGAGGUAUCAGUGUGUGGUGGUUCUGGUAGGAGCAGGGGCGGAGGUCAAUGAGCGUGACCGCUCUGGCUGUACACCUCUACACUACUCGGCUGCAUCGACUGCCUUCUGCAGAAUGGACCGACCCCAUGCCAGCACCCAUCAGAACCAAGAGGAUGGGGAAAAGGAAUCCUUCCUUUGUGUGGAGCAUUUGUUGGAUAAUGGCGCUGAUCCAUCUCUGUGCAACACUAAAGGAUACAGUGCUGUGCAUUAUGCUGCAGCCCACGGCAACAAACAAAACCUGGAGCUGCUUUUGGAGAUGUGCUUCAACACACUUGGAGACAAGGAGAGCAACGGGUCCAUCAGCCCACUACACUUGGCGGUGGAGUCUGGUCACUGGGAAUGUGUCACCGUGUUAAUUGAGUCUGGAGGGUAUGUGGAUGCCUGUGACCCGGUGGGGCGCUCUGUGCUAUACGUAGCCUCUCAAAGAGGACAUGCCCGCUGCGUAGAGCUGCUGCUCUGCCAAUCAGCAUCUUGCCUGCUCACAGAGCACCGCAGCAAAUGGGGCCCUCUUCAUGUUGCAGCUGCCAACAGCCACUCAGAAUGUCUGCGAAUGCUGCUCUGUAGCGAGGGGGGAGCCGAUCUCGUUAAUGUUACAGAUGCGGAGGGACAAACUCCACUAAUGCUGGCAGUGCUGGGGGGACAUACUGACUGCGUGCAUCUGCUGCUGGAGAGAGGAGCUUGUCCUGAUGUGAGAGACAGGAGAGGAAGAACAGCCUUACACAGAGGGGUGGUGAUGGGUCGGGAGGACUGUAUAACCGCCCUGCUGUCCCACAACAUCUCAGUCCUCAGCAAAGAUUUUCAGGGGCGAACCGCGGUCCAUCUAGCUGCCUCUUGCGGCCACGCUGACAUUCUCUCCAGUCUACUUUCUGCUGCUGACCACACCCACCCCCACGACCCAAUCACAGACCUCCACGGCUACACACCCACACACUGGGCAGCCUAUCACGGUCAUGAAGACUGUUUGGAAGUUUUACUUGAACUUAAACCAUGUAGUAUCCAGGAGGGAAACCCCUUCACCCCACUGCACUGUGCUCUCAUUAAUGGCCAUAGUGGUUCUGCAGAGCUGCUGUUGGAAUCCAGUGUUUGUAAUUCGCUGGUAAACAUCAGGGAUGCCAAAGGAAGGACCCCACUUCACGCGGCCGCAGCUGCCGAGGAUGUGGCUGGGCUGCAGCUGGUUCUGCGGCAUGGAGCAGACAUCAACGCCGUGGACCACUCAGGUCGUUCUGCACUGAUGGUGGCUGCCGACAAUGGCCGAAGUGGUGCUGUGGCCCUGCUGCUGCACAGAGCCAAAGCCGACCUGUCCCUCCUGGAUGUGAACAAGAACACUGCCCUGCACCUGGCCUGCAGUAAGGCUAAUGAAAUGUGUGCCAUGCUGAUCUUAAAGGAGAUCCACAACCCUAUCCUCAUAAAUGCAACCAACAGUAUGCUUCAGAUGCCCCUCCACAUUGCCGCCAGAAAUGGUUUGGCCACCGUGGUUCAGGCCUUGCUGAACCGUGGAGCCACAGUGCUGGCAGUGGAUGAGGCAGGUCAUACGCCAGCCCUGGCUUGUGCGUCCAAUAAAGCUGUUGCCGACUGCCUAGCUCUCAUUCUGUCAACCAUGAAGCCUUCCUCCUCCACGCCCUCUUCGUCCUCACCGUCUUCUCCCAGCUUCAACCUGCUCAAGCACUGUGGCAUCACCGCCGCCUGUCCCCCCCUGCCCAAUGGAAGCCUUCGCCAUGGUUACGGCAAAGAUCGCCAUGGUGCUACUAUCGGUUUGGAUGGCUACUUGACCGAGUGAGGCGUUGUUACUCAAAAAAGAAAAAGGAAAAAAAGUGUGGUCACUUGGUUUGGUCCUCUCUACACAUCUAGAUAAACCUAUAUGCAAUUACAGCCCCACAUCCCUCGUUUGCCAGUUUCAAAGCUUUUCUUCACAUUUCAGUAGAGAGCGAACACAAGAGGACUAAUUUAGCUAUUUAUUUUUAUUUAUUUUCCCCCACUUUUCUUUUCCUCCCACCCACUGACUCCCAUUUUAGAUGCUGUCCAUUCAGUACGAGUCUAAAAUCUAAAAUCUGAAUUCAAGCCAUCUAUUCGAACCAGUAUGAAUCACUGGCGAGUCAGUCCUCUAUUUCUUCUCCAUUUGCAGUCGAUUUGACUCGGUUCAUGUUAGACUUAUGCAGCUGUGUGUCUCCAUGGUAACAGUGAUAAUGGAUGGGUUUCCAUAUCAUGCCUCCUAUUUGCGUGACGCUGUGGCCUUGCAUAGGAAUUUACAGCCUGCCCUGAGGAACAAUUUAAACGGGUUACACUAGAUUUGCAUGAAUUUACGGGACCAUGUAUUUGAUAGUGGUCUUGUGUGUGUGUGUGUGUGUGUGUGUGUGUGUGUGUGUGUGUGUGUGUGCGUGCACGUGUAUGUGUGACAUCCACCUUGGCUCAAAUUUUUUUCAUCCCAUACUUGAUUAUUACGUUUUUGAGGUUUUUAUGUGAGGUGUAAUCUUAUUUAGCACAGAUCAGGAAAAAAAAGCAAACAACUUAACAGAAUCAUAUUGACAGAAGGGAAACCGUACUACCUUAAGCCAAAAGACCAAUGUCCUCCUGAUAGAGGGGUCUGAUAUGUAAUGCUCGUUUACUUGUUAGAGAGAAAAGGGAUAGUUUUCGGAUGGGUGGGUUUUGAGGUUGAAAAUUCACAUUAGGUUUAUAAUGGAGGUAUUAAGUAGUCCAGAUCACUGUUUGUAGGUGGGCAGAAGAAAGAGGAGUUAAAAGUAUCAUGUUGUUGGCCGUUUAAACAACAUUAUGAAGAUGCUACCCUAAGGAAGUAUAGAAAGCACAAAUGUCAUACACCGUACUUGCUCCUUGGGACCGUUUGGUUUUAUUUAUUUUGGUUGUUUUUUUUGGUCUCAUAAAAUAUCUUCAGUUAAAUCUACUGCUUUGCUAUAA